AUGGCGUCUGCACUGAUGGCUCGGGUUUGGAUCGUGUUCAUUGUAGCCCAGCACAACAACGCAGAGAGCAACCGGUUCGCACGUGGACAUUCGACCGACCAGGAGGAGUUUCACGGCGGCAGCGAGAGGCUGUUUAGAGCCAUUCAGUGGCGUAGAUAUAGUUAUACCAGUGGGAACCACAGCGCCGGCAACGACCACCACGGCUGCGGCAACGGCUGCGGCGACGACCACCACAGGUGCAGCGACGACCACCGCGGCUGCAGCGACGACCACCGCGGCUGCAGCGACGACCACCACAGCGACGACCACCACGGCUGCAGCAACGACCACCACAGGUGCAGCAACGACCACCACGACUGCAGCAACGACCACCACGGCUGCAGCAACGACCACCACAGGUGCAGCAACGACCACCGCGGCUGCAGCGACGACCACCACAGCGACGACCACCACGACUGCAGCAACGACCACCACAGGUGCAGCAACGACCACCACGACUGCGGCGACGACCACCGCGGCUGCGGCGACGACCACCGCGGCUGCGGCGACGACCACCGCGACUGCAGCAACGACCAACACAGGUGCAGCAACGACCACCACGACUGCAGCGACGACCACCGCGGCUGCAGCGACGACCACCACGACUGCAGCAACGACCACCACAGGUGCAGCAACGACCACCACGACUGCGGCGACGACCACCGCGGCUGCGGCGACGACCACCGCGGCUGCAGAGACAUGUUGGUGGAAUUUGGGGAGUACAGUCUUCAGGCUGGAGUGGUUGAAGUCACCCGAAACAAUAAAGGCUGCCUCCGGGUGUGA